AUGGAAUCUAUGAUCAAGACAUGGUUGGUGAUGCAUAUUAUUUUCUUGUCUUCAACCUAUUUGCAUUAUUGUGUCAAUGGCAAAUCCCAGGUGCCUUGUGUUUUUAUCUUUGGAGACUCUUUAUCUGAUAGUGGUAACAACAAUAAUCUUCCUACCUCUCAGAAAUCUAAUUAUAAACCUUAUGGAAUCGACUUUCCGAUCGGUCCUACUGGAAGAUUCACCAAUGGUCGAACUUCAAUCGACAUAAUAACUCAACUUUUGGGAUUUGAGAAAUUCAUUCCGCCGUUUGCAAACACAAAUGGUUCAGACAUACUCAAAGGUGUGAACUAUGCAUCCGGGGGAGCUGGAAUUCGUAACGAAACAAGCAAGGCUAGGGGCUUUGUUGUCAGCUUGGGAUUACAGUUAACAAAUCACAGAGUUAUAGUUUCUCAAAUCUCUAGCAGACUUGGAAGUCUUGACAAAGCUCAACAAUACCUCAACAAGUGCUUGUAUUAUGUGAAUAUUGGAAGUAAUGAUUACAUAAACAAUUACUUCCUUCCACAACUCUAUCCAACAAGCCACAUUUAUAGUCCUCAACAGUAUGCAGAAGCUCUAAUUCAAGAGUUAUCUUUGAAUUUACUGGCUCUACAUGGCAUUGGAGCUAGAAAAUUUGUGUUAGUAGGGAUGGGUCUUUUAGGCUGCACUCCACAUGCCAUCUUCAAUCAUGGAACUAAUGGGUCUUGUGUGGAGGAGGAGAAUGUCCAUGCAUUUAUUUUCAAUGCAAAGCUUAAAUCUCUAGUUAACCAUUUCUUGAAGUUCUUGGCUGAUUCCAAAUUUAUCUUCAUAAACAGUACAUUAGAAUCAGAUGGCCGGAAUGGUAAUAACUUUAGUUUACAACAAAAUAGUUUAGAUUCUAUAGUCAUGCAUCAUGUUUCAUGGAUUUCAGGUUUUGCUGUCUCAAAUGCUCCUUGUUGUCCAUCAAAGAUUAGCGGAGAGUGUAUUCCUGAAGAAAGACCAUGCUAUAACAGGAGUGAGUAUGUGUUUUGGGAUGAAUUCCAUCCAACUGAGGCUAGGAACCUACUCACUGCAAUAAGGUCUUAUGAUUCACAUGAUUCAGGCUUUACAUAUCCUAUGGAUAUCAAACACCUUGUUGAACAUGAAACUAAGAUGGAAUUGGAAUCCACAAAUGAAAUUCCAUCAAAUCUUAGUACUUCUAGUUAA